AUGACUGUGGAGAAGAGCAAGGAGGUAGCGCAGGGAGAUGUCUUAUCUGCUCAUCCAUUUAAGUAUGAACUCUAUGACUUCAGGAUCUGUUUCAUCGUCCGCUUCCACCUGCUGCCCGCAGACCGAGAGCUCCCCAUCACUGCGAAACAGCCUCUUUGUCUGCCUGGACAGGGAGGAGAAAUUUAUCCAACUCACAGCACCCCCCUCGCAGGCAUCCUUCCCCGCUGGGGCAGAAAGCCAGCCGUCCGCUGCGAAGGAAGCGACUCCGCAGCCCGGAGGACAAGGCUCCGAGCCCGGCCAGCACGCAGGCUAAAGUUCACCCGCACAGGUGACGUGCGACAAACGAGAGAGCGCAGCCCGCGGUCCCAGCACAGCGCAGAGCCAGGACCCGCCCCGCGCCCUCGCCCGUCCGUGCAGCCCGGGCGCCGCAGCGCUCCACAAACAAUGCCCCGGGCUGCGUGCCCGCUGCUCCGAGGACGCAGCGAGCGCUCCGGGAGAGCCCAUAGGCCUUUCCCGCACCGGAGGCAUCUCAUUGGAGACGGAAAACCCCGCCUCGCCGCAGACAUCUGCAUGGCUUCCAUCCGCAAAAAUUCCAGAAUCCAACGAUCCAGCCCAGAAUCCGGUGCAAUCAACUGUGAGCCAAAAUCAAAAAAGCAGCCCACAUUCUACCUGCCCAGCCACACUGUCAUCUCCAUGAAACACAGGAAGACCUAUGACAGCAAUGUGCAAAGAGCACCAAUUGUAAGGGGCGAGUCCGGUCUCAAAGUGGAGGUAAAACUGCCACCUGGUCGCCCCCAGCACGACUCCGGCCGAGGCCACCGGAGGGAUGAGGGGCAUAAUCCAAAGGAACCAAAGCACUUGAGAAAACUGUCUGUUGGUGGUCUGAGCUUUGAAACUCCAGAUGAUAGUUUGAGAGAACAUUUUGAGAAAUGGGACACACUCGCAGACUGUGUGGUAAUAGACCCUCAAGCAAAGCGUUCCAGGGGCUUUGGUUUUGUGCCUUAUUCUCGUGUUGAAGAGGUGGAUGCAGCAGUGUAUGCUCGACCACACAAGGUUGAUGCGCAUGUAGUGGAACCAAAGACAGCUUUUUCCAGAUGGGAUUCUGUGAAGCCUGGUGCCCAUCUAACAGUGAAGAAAUCUUUUGUUGGUGGUAUUCAAGAAGAUACAGAAAAAUAUAAUAUGAGAGACUUUGAAAAGUAUGGCAAGAUUGAAAUCAUAGCAGUUAUGGAAGACAGGCAGAGAGGGAAGAAAAGAGAAUUUGCAUUUGUAACUUUUGAUGAUUAUGAUACAGUUGAUAAAGUCGUUCAGAAAUACCACACUAUUAAUGGGCACAACUGUGAAGUAAAAGCUCUUUCUAAACAAGAGAUGCAGUCUGCUGGAUCACAAAGAGAUCGUGGAGGUGGAGCUGGCAACUUUAUGGGUCAUGGAGGAAAUUUUGGAGGUGGUAGAGGUAAUUUUGGCUGUGGUGGAAACUUUGGUGGAAGAGGAAGCUGGGGUGGAGGGGGUGGCAGCCGAGGUAGUUAUGGAGGAGGUGAUGGCAGAUAUAAUGGAUUUGGAGGUGGCAACUAUGGCGGUGGUCCUGGUUAUAGUAGUAGAGUGGGCUAUGGUGGUGGUGGACCAGGAUGUGGAAACCAAGGUGGUGGAUACGGUGGCGGUGGUGGGGGAUAUGAUGGUUACAAGGGAGGAGGAAACUUUGGCGGUGGUAACUAUGGUGGUUGUGGGAACUACAAUGAUUUUGGAAAUUACAGUGGACAACAGCAAUCAAAUUAUGAACCCAUGAAGGGGGAUAGUUUUGGUGGAAGAAACUCAGGCUGUCCCUAUGGUGGUGGUUAUGGAUCUGGUGGUAUAAGCGGUGGAUAUGGUAGCAGAAGGUUCUAAAAACAGCAGAAAAGGGCUACAGUUCUUAGCAGGAGAGAGAGCGAGGAUUUGUCAGGAAAGCUGCAGGUUACUUUGAGACAGUCGUCCCAAAUGCAUUAGAGGAACUGUAAAAAUCUGCCACAGAAGGAACGAUGAUCCAUAGUCAGAAAAGUUACUGCAGCUUCAACAGGAAACCCUUCUUGUUCAGGACUGUCAUAGCCACAGUUUGCAAAAAGAGCAGCUAUUGAUUAAUGCAACGUAGUGUCAAUUAGAUGUACAUUCCUGAGGUCUUUUAUCUGUUGUAGCUUUG